UACAUCCCCGUGUUGGACGCACGUGCUAGUUUUUCAUAGAGAUGGAUAAGAAGGCAAAAUUGUUCACGAAACGUUUUGCCGAAAGAUUGGCAAAAGGAAAGCCGAAGAACAUCAAGAAAAAGUCUCUUCUUCUGAAGAGUAUACACAAUGUUUCAAAAGAAUCCUUGAAAAGAGAACUAAAUGAUAACUUUGAUUUGUAUCUGAAAUACUUGAACAAAUGUUUGAAAAGAUUGACUGUGGAAACACCAACUGGUGACAGUGACUUCAAGCUGAUUCAGACAUGGGAAGACUGUCAGAAUGUUGUUAGUCUUACCAAGCAGGCAUCCAGGCAACUGUGUACACAAGUGACUCUGAAAGAACUUGAAAGUGAAAGGACAGAUUUUGUAAAUAUUUUACAGAAGUAUGAGGACAAAUGUGACAUCGUGUCAAAGGAGAUGGUACCAGCCUGGAUGGCAGCCACCAAGCACCUGCUAGCAUCAACCCGGAACUCGAAGGUCAUCAACAAACUCAUGCUGUACUAUCUCAGCAAACUACAGAGUGUGGCUGAAGACAGCAUGCAAAGUGGAGAAAAUGUAGAAAACAUCACCAGUGAUCUGAAGAAGUUUCUACUCAUGUCCUACUUGAGAUCCGGAAAGGUGCAGACAGAGGAGCCAGAAGCACGCCCCAAGAGACCAGAUGUUGUUGCCUCUCUCCUGUCCAUUUACAUUGAUCUGCUCGUGUACAUAAACAGGGAUAAUGAGAAAAAGAAGGUGUCAAGGGAAAUAACGAGCUUGACGUCCUACCUUCUUGGAGAUUUGCCAGUGAGACUUGACGUUCUUAUCCAGAUCAGCUCUCCAGUAGAUUCAACACAUGUGCUCAUGUUUGCUAGGUCGUGUUUAGAGAAGAUUCCAGGAACUCUGGACCACGCAACAUACCUCAGGGUCAUGCUCUGUCUCCGGAAGUUCCACGACAAAAUUCCAGAUAUCAUUGAGAACAGCUGGAAGAUAAGAGCACCCUUGGGAUUCAUUGACUGGCUGCAAGACAAGAGUCCUGAGGCGAUGACACAGAUCCCUGAUGACAUCCGCUUCAAGGGGAGACAAAUCACUCACUUCCUCCUUACAAACCUCUCAGAAGACCUGCAGACUGUUCUUGAAGACGUGCUGACGGACAGACAGGCUGUCAGUGACUUGAUGUUGGUUGAUGAGCAACAGGAUGACCAGAAGGACGAAGAUGGCAGUGGACGAGUGUGACCCGGAGGAGGAGCAGCCUCUCUUUGUCAUGGACAGAGGGAAGACAGCUGAUGAUAGGAAAUCAAAACAGAAGUCGAAGGGAAAAAAGAAAAUAAGUCAAAAUCAUCAACUGACCCCGUCCAAGAAGAAAUGGACAUUGAGUCUGAAGUUGAAGCAGAAGAUCUGGAAACUUCGAGAACUGUUGACAAUACAGCUGAAGCUGAAGUUGAAGUCAUAGAUCUGUCCAAUGUCCUCAGUGCAAUUUACGACAACAAACCAAACCAAUAUAUCGGAACAGAAUAUGUAUCCACUUCCUCACUGGAUUCCCCUCGGAAAAAGUCCAAGUCACCGUUCAGCCUGCCGGCUACGAAAGACAAGGAAGAGCUCCAAGUUGGUAAAGCCGGACCAAGUUGAUGAG